UCUCUCUAUGGAUCUGCUCUUUUUUCCACUUAAACUAAUGCUUUCAAAUGCUUUAAGAACCUGAAUUUCAGACUGUCUUAAAAAUCUCAGAGCUGCAUCAUCCAUUCUGAAGAAAAUGGCGGAUUCCGAAAGAUCAUCGUCAUCGCUGAUCAAUCCUAGAAAUGGUUUCUGUGUUGCAAACUCAACAUUGUACAGUAAACGCAACCCAUUGCAACUUCCAGCGAACAGCUCGCUUGACGUCACAACAUUUAUGUCCUCUCAAGCUCAUUGUGGCACUACUGCCUUCAUCGACGCGGCCACAGGUCACAGUAUAAGCUUCUCCGAUUUCUGGAGAGCCAUUGAUAGUGUCGCUGACUGUCUCCACCACGACAUUGGCAUAAGGAGAGGUGACGUCGUAAUAAUCCUCGCCCCUAACUCCAUCUCCAUCCCCGUCGUUAGCCUCGCCGUCAUGUCCCUAGGGGCCGUCAUAACCACCGCGAAUCCUCUCAACACUGCCAGUGAGAUCUCUAGACAGAUUGCAGACAGCAAGCCAAAGCUGGCCUUCACAACUCCUGAGCUAGCCCCCAAACUCGCCGCCUCCGCCGAUAUCUCUGUUGUCUUGACGGGGGACGAGGAGGAAGAGCGCGUGAGAUCCACUAGUGGAGUCAGGGUCGUUGGGGUUUUAAGUGAGAUGAUGAAAAAGGAACAGAGUGGUCCGCGAGUCAGGGACCGAGUUAACCAAGACGAAAAAGCGAUGCUGCUUUACUCGUCGGGAACCACAGGAAGAAGCAAAGGAGUGGAUUCGUCUCACAGAAACUUAAUCUCGCACAUAGCAAGAUACAUCGCCGAGCCAUUUGAGCCAAAUCAGACUUUCCUCUGCACCGUUCCGAUGUUCCACACCUAUGGAUUACUGAUCUGCGCCAUGGCCACCGUAGCAUUGGGUUCUACGGUGGUAAUUCUCCGAAAGUUUGAUCUCCACGAUAUGUUGGCGGCAAUCGAGAAAUACAGAGCCACGACUCUGGUUUUGGCGCCGCCGAUUCUGGUAGCUAUGAUCAACGGCUCAGAUAUUAUCAAGGCCAAGUACAAUUUGACCUCCCUGAAAACGGUUAGAUCCGGUGGAGCCCCGUUGAGCAAGGAGGUUACGGAGAGUUUUUUUGAAAAAUAUCCAACGGUUGAUAUUUUUCAAGCGUACGCUUUAACGGAAUCAAACAGCGCGGGAGCUUCCAUAGAUUCCGUGGAGGAAAGUCGGAGAUACGGUGCCGUUGGGAAGUUGUCGUCUGGCGUGGAAGCGACGAUUGUAGAUACGGGUUCGGGUCGGAUCUUGGGUGAGAACCAAACGGGCGAGCUUUGGCUCAAAAGUCCCUCCAUUGCAAAAGGUUAUUUUAGAAACGAAGAAGCUACAAAAGAAGCUUUUAAUUCAGAAGGAUGGCUUAAAACUGGAGAUCUCUGCUACAUCGACCAUGAUGGAUUUCUUUUUGUUAUUCAAACUGUCAAUGACAUGUACAAAUUCUUGCAAGAGUAUAACUCGAGCUUGCAGCUGUACAAUAGCAAACUCCAAGGUGAUCUCACUGAAGCUCAUGAAGAUAUAAAGCGAGGAGAGAAAGAACGGACGGGCAUUGUAGAGAGUAUUGUGAGGGAAGAGUUCAUGAGUGCUUUCAAGGAAGAGAAGCUUGAGAAAGUUCAGAAGGCUGUUGAAGGAUCUGUUGAUGAUUUGGAACUUCCAUUUCAAGUUUUUUCCAAGCUUGGAAGAUGGGUGAAUAGACUACAACUACUUUGUGGUAAUGAUGCAGAGAGCAUAAUGGGAGGACAUGUGAAGAUGGGUUUAGAGAACAUCAUUAGCAUUAAGAGCUUCAUCACAUGUACUCCUGAGAAAAAAAUGGCGGAUUCUCCGAUAUCUCUCAUUGAUCCCAGAAGCGGUUUCUGCAAAUCAAACUCUAUAUUCUAUAGUAAGCGCCAACCAUUGAGUCUCCCGCUAAAUCCUUCGCUUGACAUCACUACAUUCAUCUCCUCUCAACCGCACCGUGGCACAACCGUCUUCAUCGACGCUACCACGGGGCAAUGUUUAAGCUUCUCCGAUCUCUGGAGAGCUGUUGAUAAUGUCGCUGACUGUCUUUAUCAUGACGUUGGAAUACGGAGAGGCGACGUCGUCCUCAUCCUCUCUCCAAACUCAAUCUACAUUCCCGUAGUUUGCCUCUCCGUCAUGUCUCUCGGCGCCGUCGUCACCACCGCCAACACUCUCAACACCGCCGGCGAAAUCUCUAAACAGAUCGCCAACAGUAAUCCAACUCUCGUCAUCACCACUCGCCAGCUGGCACCCAAACUCUCCGCCGAUAUCUCCGUCGUCCUCAUCGACGACGAAGACCAGAAGCCUGUGGAGCUCACUCGCGUGGUCAGAGUCGUUGGGGUUUUGAGCGAGAUGGUGAAGAAAGAACCGAGUGGGAAACGAGUCAGAUACCGAGUCAACCAGGACGACACGGCGAUGAUGCUUUACUCGUUGGGAACCACGGGACCGAGCAAAGGAGUGAUCUCGUCUCACCGGAAUUUAAUAACUCAGGUGGCGAGAUUCAUAUCGGAUAAUUUGAAACGAGACGAUAUUUUCAUCUGUACUGUCCCGAUGUUCCACUCCUACGGGUUAUUGGCCUUCGCUAUGGCCACCGUAGCAUUAGGUUCGACGGUGGUGGUCCUCCGGAGAUUUCAGCUCCACGAUAUGAUGGAUGCGGUGGAGAAGCACCGAGCCACGAUUCUGGCUUUGGCGCCACCGGUUUUAGUAGCUAUGAUUAACGACGCAGAUCUGAUUAAGGCUAAGUACGAUCUGAGCUCACUGAAAACGGUGAGGUGUGGUGGAGCACCGUUGAGCAAGGAGGUGACUGAAGGGUUUCGAGAGAAAUAUCCGACGGUUGAUAUACUUCAGGGGUAUGCUUUGACGGAAUCCAACGGCGGAGGGGCUUUCACGAAUUCAGUGGAGGAAAGCCGGAGAUAUGGCACGGCGGGGAUGUUGACGUCUGAUGUGGAGGCGAGGAUCGUGGAUCCGAAUACGGGUCGGGUCUUGGGAAUUAACCAAACGGGUGAGCUCUGGCUCAAGGGUCCUUCAAUUUCUAAAGAGGUGCCUCCAGCUGAACUAGAAGCUCUUCUAAUUACUCAUCCAGACAUUCUCGAUGCCGCCGUUAUUCCGUUUCCGGAUAAAAAAGCAGGACAGUAUCCGAUGGCAUAUGUGGUACGAAAACAUGAGAGCAAUCUCACUGAGAAACACGUUAUUGACUUCAUCUCUAAGCAGAAAAUGGCGUAUCCUGAGAGAUCUCUCAUUGUUGAUCGCAGAAGUGGUUUCUGCAAAUCAAACUCCACAUUCUAUAGCAAGCGCAACCCAUUGUGUCUCCCGCCAAAUCCGUCGCUUGACGUCACAACUUUCAUCUCCUCUCAACCACACCGCGGCACCACCGCCUUCAUCGACGCCGCCACGGGCCACCGCUUAAGCUUCUCCGAUCUCUGGAGAGCCGUCGAUCGCGUCUCCGAAUGUCUCCAAAACGAAAUCGGAUUACGGAGAGGCGACGUCAUACUCAUCCUCUCUCCAAACUCAAUCUACAUCCCCAUCGUUUGCCUCUCCGUCAUGUCUCUCGGCGCCGUCGUCACCACCGCCAACACUCUCAACACCUCCGGCGAAAUCUCCAAACAGAUCGCCGACAGUAAUCCAACUCUCGUCUUCACCACGCUCCAACUGGCACUCAAACUCUCGGCCGCUAUCUCCGUCGUCCUCACCGACGACGAAGACGAUAAGCGCGUGGAGCUCACUAGCGGAGUCAGAGUCAUUGGGAUUGUAAGCGAGAUGAUGAAAAAAGAACCGAGUGGUCAACGAGUUAGGGACCGAGUCAACCAGGACGACACGGCGAUGAUGCUUUACUCGUCGGGAACUACAGGACCGAGCAAAGGAGUGAUCUCGUCUCACCGGAAUUUAAUCGCUUACGUGGCGAGAUACAUCGACGAUAAAUGGAAACGAGACGAGAUAUUCGUAUGUACCGUCCCGAUGUUCCACACCUUCGGGUUAUUGGCCUUCGCUAUGGGCAACGUAGCGUCGGGUUCGACGGUGGUGAUCCUCCGGAGAUUCGGGCUCGAAGAUAUGAUGCAAGCGGUGGAGAAGUACAGAGCCACGGUUCUGACUUUGGCUCCACCGGUUUUGGUAGCUAUGAUUAACGGUGCAGAUCAGCUCAAGGCCAAGUACGAUUUGACCUCCCUGAGAAAGGUUAGGUGUGGUGGAGCGCCGUUGAGCAAGGAGGUUACGGAUAGCUUCCUAGAGAAAUAUCCAACGGUUUAUAUUUUUCAAGCGUACGCUUUAACAGAAUCGCACGGUUCAGGAGCUUCGACGGAAUCGGUGGAGGAGAGUCGUAGAUGCGGUGCGGUGGGGUUGUUGUCGUCCGGUGUUGAAGCAAGGAUUGUGGAUCCUGAUAUGGGUCGGGUCAUGGGUGUGAACCAACCCGGCGAGCUCUGGCUCAAAGGCCCUUCUAUUUCUAAAGGUUAUUUCAGAAACGAAGAAGCUACAAAUGCAACUAUAAAUCUAGAAGGAUGGCUAAAAACUGGAGAUCUCUGCUAUAUCGAUGACGAUGGUUUUCUUUUUAUUGUGGAUCGAUUGAAAGAACUGAUCAAAUACAAAGGCUACCAGGUGCCUCCAGCUGAACUAGAGGCUCUUUUGAUCACUCAUCCAGACAUUCUUGAUGCUGCUGUUAUUCCGUAUCCGGACAAAGAAGCAGGACAAUAUCCGAUGGCUUAUGUGACGCGAAAGCCUGAGAGCAAUCUCUCUGAGAAACAAGUUAUUGACUUCAUCUCUAAACAGCCUAGUUUUGUUGAAGUUGAACCGGAUUUCGAAGUUGUGGAGAAAAAGUCCGUUAACAUGGCGGUUAAACACGGCGGCGACGGCAGCGAAAUCGGAUCCAAAAUUCUGACGAUAGAUCGGAAAAGCGGUUUCUGUGAAUCAACUUCGAUUUUCUACAGCAAACGUGAGCCAAUGGCUCUCCCGCCAAACCAAUUUCUCGACAUCACGUCUUUCAUUUCGUCACAGCCUCAUCGCGGUAAAACCGUAUUUGUCGACGCCGUCACCGGUCGUCGUCUUAGUUUCCCCGAGCUCUGGCUCGGUGUCGAAAGAGUUGCGGCUUGUCUUUACGCAUUAGGUGUACGCAAGGGAAAUGUCGUCAUUAUACUCUCUCCAAACUCAAUCCUCUUCCCGAUCGUCUCCCUCUCCGUAAUGUCACUCGGCGCAAUCAUCACCACCGCUAAUCCGAUCAACACUUCCGACGAAAUAUCCAAACAGAUCGGCGAUUCUUGUCCUGUUCUCGCCUUCACCACAUGCCAACUCCUCUCCAAACUCGCCGCCGCGUCGAAUCCGAAUCUCCCGGUGGUUCUCAUGGACGAAAACCACGUGCAUUCACAAACUCACGGUGAACGCGUGAAAAUAGUCGGGAGGUUAGAGACGAUGAUUGAAACGGAACCGAGUGAGUCACGAGUUAAGCAACGAGUCAACCAGGACGACACGGCGGCUCUGUUAUACUCAUCAGGUACGACGGGGACGAGUAAAGGAGUAAUGCUGAGUCACCAUAACCUAAUCGCAUUGGUACAAGCAUACCGGGCCCGGUUCGGUUUAGAGCAGCGAACCGUUUGCACAAUCCCAAUGUGUCACAUAUUCGGAUUCGGUGGUUUCGCGACGGGGCUAAUCGCGUUGGGUUGGACAAUCGUGGUUCUUCCCAAAUUCGAUAUGGCUCAGCUUCUCUCGGCGGUGGAGAUUCACCGUUCUUCGUACCUUUCUCUUGUACCGCCGAUUGUGGUCGCUAUGGUUAACAGAGCAAAUGAGAUCAAUUCCAAGUAUGAUCUGAGCUCGUUGCACACUGUGGUGGCUGGAGGAGCUCCGUUGAGUAGAGAAGUGACGGAGAAGUUCGUUGAGAAUUAUCCGACGGUUAAGAUUCUACAAGGGUAUGGUUUGACUGAGUCAACGGCUAUAGCUGCUUCUAUGUUUAAUAAGGAGGAGACUAAUAGGUAUGGAGCCUCUGGAUUACUGGCUCCAAAUGUGGAAGGUAAGAUUGUGGAUCCGGAUACGGGUCGGGUUUUGGGUGUGAAUCAAACGGGUGAGCUGUGGAUUCGAAGUCCCACUGUGAUGAAAGGUUAUUUCAAGAACGAAGAAGCUACUGCUUCUACUAUUGAUUCAGAAGGAUGGUUGAAAACUGGAGAUUUGUGUUACAUUGACAGUGAUGGGUUUGUCUUUGUUGUUGAUAGAUUAAAGGAGUUGAUCAAAUGCAACGGUUAUCAGGUUGCUCCAGCUGAACUAGAGGCAUUGUUGCUUGCUCAUCCAGAGAUUGCUGAUGCAGCAGUAAUACCCAUCCCUGACAUGGAAGCUGGGCAAUAUCCAAUGGCAUAUAUAGUAAGAAAAGCUGGAAGUAACUUAUCGGGAAGCGAUAUUAUGGGAUUUGUCGCAAAACAGGUAUCACCGUACAAGAUGAUUCGCAAAGUCACAUUUUUGGCUUCAAUCCCCAAAAAUCCUUCUGGCAAGAUUUUAAGAAGAGAACUUAUAAAGCUCACAACUUCAAAGCUCUAGCAGGAAGCUCUGUCACCAUCCUUAGCUCGCACUUCAGGGUUAGUUAACCUGUUUGUUUGGUUUAAAUGUUAAGUUACUUCUUCUACAGAUAUCUUUGUCAAAACUGAAUAAUGAUAUACAAACUGA